UCCCGCUCCGCUCCGCCCGCACCCUGCGCAGCGCCGGCCGCGCCCGCGGAGCCGCUGGAGCUGUCCGGGCUCCGUGCAGGCUCCGGGCUCGGGCUCUGAGCCGGCUCCGGGCUCGGGCUCGGGCUCGGGCUCUGUCCGUGGUGCUGCCGCCCCCGCGGCCGAGCGCAGCCCCCGGACCGCGCCCGCCCGGCCGCUCCCCGCCCGGCAUCCUGUUGCGCCGGGAGCGCGGCGAGCGGGGGAAGAGCAUCCGAGAGCAUCGUGCCGAGGAGCCUGAGCGCCGGCCGGCUCGGAACAAUGGCUGCGCUGCCGCGGCUGCUCUGCGCGGCCGCGCUCGCCCUGCUGCUCUGGGCUGGAUUUUGUUCCUCAGUGUGUGUGGAAGUCCCAUCUGAGACAGAGGCUGUCCAAGGGACAGACAUGAAGCUGCUCUGCAUCUCCUGCAUGAAGAGGGAAGAGGUGACAGCCAGCACGGUGGUGGAAUGGUUCUACAGGCCCAACGGGGGAAAGGAUGAGCCUAUCUACGAGUACAGGAAAUCAAACCACGAAUUCCCGAGCCGCUUCAGCGGGCGGAUCCAGUGGAACGGGAGCAAAGACAUGCAGGACGUGUCCAUCACCGUGCUGAACGUGACCCUCAACGACUCGGGCAUCUACACCUGCAACAUCACCCGCGAGUUCGAGUUCGAGAUCCACCGGCCCCUCUUCCAGAGCUCCAGGGUGAUCCAGCUCACCGUGGUGGAGGAGGCUGGAGAAGACUUCACCUCUGUCAUCUCAGAAAUUAUGAUGUAUAUUCUGCUGGUCUUCCUCACACUGUGGCUGCUGAUUGAGAUGAUCUAUUGCUACAGGAAGGUCUCCAAGGCAGAGGAGGCUGCCCAGGAAAACGCGACAGACUAUCUUGCAAUUCCAUCGGAAAACAAGGAGAACUGUGCUGUGCCUGUGGAGGAGUAGCAGAGGGGAGGCAGCGCAGUGAACGGCACCAAGCUCCUGUGCUAACUCUGUUGCCAUCCCCACCCCUGUGAGCUCCAAGAGGAAUUGUCUCCCUUGCAGGGGCUCUGAAGACAGAAGGACCAUGCCACCCCAGCCAGCUUUGAGGGGAGCUCUGCGCCGUCGGGAGGAACACGGGGAAGUGUAAAUUCUCUUCCAUUUGCCUUGGACUCUGUACAGCCUUGACUUUGGUCCUGUGACCCCAUCUGAGCUGACAGCCCGGUGCUGAAGGACUCCUCUGUGGAAGCAUGCUGAGCAAACGGCACAGGGUGUGGGCAGCACGGCUCCUUCCCAACUUUGAGUUCCACCAUCACCUCAAUGGCUUUGUAAAUGUUACCGUCACUUCUUAGCUGCUCUCACCACCACCUUUACUUGCUAAAUAUGCUACUGCUCCACUGCAGAGGUUAAGGGUAUGUAUGGCACGUCGCUCUGCGCUGCAGGACUGUGAACAAGGAUCUCUUAGGGGGUUAUUCCACCACAUUCUGUGGCCCGAGCAGUUUUCUUGGUGUUAAAACAGGAAGAAUUUAAUCAAUUAAUGAAAUCACUCUGAAUUUUAGGCUGUCCAUGCACAAGCAGGGUAGGGUGAGGACUGUAAUGCACUGAAAUUGGAAAUGUACAGUAGGAAGGACAGGUCCCUGUGUCAUGUUCACAUUUUCUGGAGGGAAUUCAGAGUACAGACCAUGGAGUAUUCCUGCUUUGUAAGUAUAAGAAUCCCCUGUGUCCCUGUCAUUUAUCAAGUGUCAAACCCCUCAUCCCCUUCCACCUGCCUGGCACAGCAGGUUUGCUCCUGGAGUACCCAGUGGGAGGAACCUGCAGCAGGACAAGGUAGGGGAUCCACCUUUUCCUGGGAAACCCCAAAAAGGAAGACAGCCUCAUGCUGGUAGGCAGGAGAAAUAAAUAAGAUCCAAAGCCCUCACAGCUUAGUAAAAUGGUUGUAGUUUUAUAACUGUGGUGGUUCUCUGGUGCUGUAGCAGCACCAUCUAGAGGGAUAGACAGAAAACACCCACUUUUCCCAGUUACUCCUAAUUCUCUCUUGAGGUAAUUAAUCACCAGUAUAAAUAGUCUGGAUGAAUCCUAAAUGAUCUUCUGGUGCCCAGGAAUCACCCUGGAAAUUCCAUCUUUCCUAUGCAAACCUACCUUUCCUGAGGGUUUAGCAGAAUAAAAAUUGUUUUCUGCCCUUCCAUGCAGACCAGUUGAGCUCAACAGCUGGGAUUGGAAAGGGGGAAAAAAGCAGAACCAUUGGCCAGGGUGGAAUUGUGCUGUGAAACCAGGUGGGAAAGGUCUGGGUUUGCUGCAUGGCAGAGUUGUGACACCCCUGCUGCAAUGGAGCCUGUGCUGCUUUGCCUGAGUUGACAAAUUCUGCUCCACUUUUAAGUAGAUCCAACGUGCUCGUGACUCCAGGCAUGCUCCCCACCCACGGAAUCCCCUCUGCUUUGUUCCGCUGCUUUUUAUGUGUUUGCUAAAAUCACAGAAAUUACCCCAUUUGUAAGGCAGGCUCAGGCCAGAUUUCCAACUGGCACUUGUUCAAAUCCCUUUUUUUAGAGUGGGUGUCAACUUUAGUAAACUACUCCAGUGCAUUCUUGGUAGUAGGAUUGAUCCCAAAACCAGAGCCAAGCCUGGCAAGGGGAGCACACUUUCCAGAUGAAGCACACAGUCUGGGCACCAGUUCCCAAAAUCCUGACAUCCAAAAGGGAUAUCCAAAAGGGAUAUCCAAGCAGCUCCUCUUUGAAUUCAGCUGGAUGUCGUCUUUUGCCCCAUCCCAGUUUGCCUGGCAGAAUCCUGAACUCAACAGAGGGGCUGGGUUGUGACGCUGGGGUUUCCAGCACUGCCCAUGGCACUGAGCCCAUGGUGAAUUUUAGGACACCACUCCAGCUCUGCUCCUCAGUCCCUGUGAACCACAGACAACCCGCUGGUGUCAUCCUGUUAAAUCAAAACAGGAGCGAACCCAAGAACCUCUUGAGAGCUACCUCAGGUGGUAAAGAAGGGCCGUCCCCUUGUCCUGCACCUCCCUGAAUCCCACAGGCAUCUCCUGGAUGCUCUUUUUUUUGGACAAAUCUGUCACUUUUCAAGUUCCUGCAGACAGAGGUGACCAUUGCCACUUUGUGUUCCAGGCAGGAGGAAACAGGGUGCAAAGUUCUGCUCAAGAAUCUCGCAGGGAAAAAGGAGUAAUAAUUUAAAAAUUGGUGAUUCUUCAAGACCUGGAAGAGAUGGUCCUGACAAAGACUCUGUGUGUGUUUGGAAUGAGCGAGGAGACUCUGGAACAGGCAGGACAAUAAAAAGAGCCAAGAGCCAC